AUGCCCGGGGAGCCUUUCCAUGCGGUGGAAGCGUCUGGCUUGGCACGGGAGAGCUGGGAGACCGGCCUGGGAGACCCACGAGGGAGCAAGUUCCUGGGUUUGCAGCAGUGAGAGCAGGAACGGCUCUCACAGCUGAAGUGCAAGAUUGACAAGGAGAGCAGCAAGAGGGAGUUCCUGACGCAUCAGUCGCACCUGAACGAGACCCACUGUGUCCACUGUCUCCAGCCCUUCAAGUUCCUGCUCAACAGCAAGCGGCAGUGCCUGGACUGCCACUUCUACACCUGCAAGGGCUGCAGCCGCUACAACAAGAAGGAGCAGGGCUGGGUCUGCGAUCCCUGCCGCUUGUCCAGGAUUGUGAAGAUCGGGUCCCUCGAGUGGUACUACGAGCAUGUGCGGUCGCGCUUCAAGCGCUUCGGCAGCGCCAAGGUGCUGCAGUCGCUGUGCGGCAGGCUGCGGCCAGGUGAGCAGCUCCGCGGCGCCUCCCGGCUUUUAGGUCUUCAUGACAGAGUUUACAGCCUGCCAGACAUUAACAGUGAAUGCCAGCUGCCCACCAGUGGUGGCACAGGGGAUGACAGUGACAACGAAGAUGAUGUCCUGCGUGGAGCUGAAGCAGAGGGCUACAGCAGAGUGCGCAAGACCAAGCGGUUGCUGUCUGUUCAUCCCUAUGACUUUGAGCUGGACUCGGACUACUCUGCUCAGUCCCGCCGCCAGUCCGCACAGCUCUCGCCAGCAGCCAGCAGCCCAGACGGCUUCCAGGCCUUCCCAGACUUCCCUGACUCCGCUGAAGAUGCCUCCCAGAAGGAGUCCGUGGCCGAGGAGGCGGAUCUGGCAACGGCCUUCCACCUGCAGGAACAGGGACCCCGUGCGAGCCCUCCCAGGCAGGAGUUCAGCACAGAGGUCCGGCUCAUGGUCAACUCGCGGAGAAGGAGCCUGGAAAGAAAUGCAAAACCUGGCAGCCACUGGAGCGAGCAGCCUCGGUCCCCGUACUCUGCAGAUAUGGACACCUCCGAUGAGGAUGCCAAGGGGCCCCAGAGGUUCACUAGCUAUGCAUCCCAUUACGUGAAACGCCGAAACAGAGCCUCCUCCCAGGAAAACGUCAGCCACUCUGGAAAUCAGUCUCCAGCCCCAGAGUCGCAGCUUGAUCCUGAUGCUGAGGAGGAGGAGUUGAAGAGGAAGCUGGAGGAGCUAGCCAGCAACAUCAGCGACAAAGGAAUCUCUUCGGAAGAAGAGGAGCAUGAAGAAAAGAAGAGAGCGAAGAAACCAGAAAUGAGCUCCUCCAGUGAUGACGUGGCCAGCGAGGCCCACCAGAGAUCUGCAGCUCAGGCUUUGAGCGACAUCACGGCCAAAGUCCUGAGGGCCAUAAACGCCACGGAGAGAGCGGUCUAUGAGUCCGUGCACGGAGAGAGCCAGGGCAGUGGCACCUGCGCCCUCCCCGGCCUGACAGACAGCAGAGAGGUGGCCGAAGCGUACCGUGACCUUGAAGCAAACGUGUACCUGACUGCUGGGAAGACAUACCGGCUUGAGAAGACCCUGGAAGAGCUUGAGGAAGGGGCUCAGCAUGGCGGCACCACCGACUCGGAGCUGUCGGAGCUGGAGGACAGAGUGGCCUCGGCCGCUGCUCAAGUACAGCAGGCAGAGAGCGAGGUAUCGGACAUCGAAACCCGAAUUGCGGCCCUGACAGCUGCAGGGCUCACAGUGAAGUCGGUGGAGAAGGCGAGGAAGAAACAGGGCGCGCAGGACUUUCGCCUCCCGUCUCCUAGACCUGCCAGCAGCAGCCCAGGGUCACAGAGCGCCGAGUCUCAGGAUGACAUUAAGGCGAUGUCAGGACCCCAGGCAUUCAGGAGGAAGUUCAACAGCUCUCUUGAAUUCACAGGCAGCGAUGACUACUUUGACCGCAACUCCCUCUACCGUGGCUCUCUGACGCAGAGAAACCCCAACGGCAAGAACAGGAGAGUGGAGCGCCUCUUCGCGAAGCCGGUGAUGACCCACCUGCCCUGAGGAAAGGAGGCUGCUCCUACCGCUGCAUUUCACCGAUGAGCCACGACCUC